GGAUCGCGCAUCGGUAAAAUUGACACUCUAGGCCAAUCAGAACAAGUUAUUUUCUCAUAUUCUGCAAUACAGCUUGUAACGUAGCGUGGGCCUUCAUUGCAAAGCGGUAGAAGUUUAGCUGUCAACUAACACUUUCUGAACAUCUAAACACUUAUUCUUCUGAUUCAUCAUGCCUAAGAACAAGGGAGAUAAGCCAAAGGGACGUAUGUCCUCCUAUGCAUACUUUGUACAGUGUUGUCGUGAAGAACACAAGAAGAAACAUCCAGGAGAGAAUGUUGUGUUUGCAGAAUUCACUAAGAAAUGUGCUUCAAAAUGGAAGGAGAUGACACCAAAAGAGAAGAAGCGUUUUGAGGAGAUGGCAGAGAAGGACAAGGCACGCUAUGAAAAGGAAAUGUCUACUUAUGUUCCACCAGCAGGCGGACCACCCGCUAAAGGGAAGAAGAGAGCCAAGGAUCCCAAUGCUCCUAAAAGAGCACUGUCUGCUUUCUUUGUAUUUUGCAACGAGGAGAGACCAAAAGUGCGUGCGUUACAUCCUGGACACACAGUGGGAGAUGUAGCCAAGGAACUGGGCAAGCGUUGGGAGGCUGUGAGUGACAGGUCCAAGUUCGAAAAGUUGGCUGCAGAAGACAAGAAAAGAUAUGAGGCUGAGAUGGAGAGAUACAGGUCUGGUGGUGGUGGUGGUGGAAGCCCAAAGAAAGCAGCUGGACGAUCACCACAGAAGAAACAGAAGGUAGAAGAAAGUGAAGAGGAAGAAGAUGAGGAGGAAGAGGAAGAUGAGGAUGAAGAUGACGAGUAGACUGAUUGAAUAGAGUUGACUUCAGUAAAAUCAUGAACAAAUGAGUCAUACCUGGCCUCAUUUAGAAUUUAUAAUUCAAGUUAAAAUGAUAGAAAAAUGAUACCUGUAAAAUUCAAUUGAGACAAUUGUCAACUUCUGUUAAGAAAAGAAUGUAUUUUUUGAGAAGAUAUAAUGGUUUAAAAGUUAAUAUCUGAAAGCAUUGAAAAUACUUUAUUGUAAAAAGAGCUUAAAUGGCAAAUUAAGGUAACUUGUUGAAGAAUUACUUAUUGAUACAUAUACUCUGAUGUAUACAUUUAUCUGUUAUAUAUAUGGAAGGAUGGAUGCUGUAUGUUGGUAAUUUAGAACUGCUUUAAUAUUCAUCAUUCUGCAUUAGCCUCAUUUCAACAUAUUUGUCUCAACUCUUCCAUAAACCAUCAUAAUAAUAUUUUAGUGCUGAAGACUUACUGAAAUUUGUCCAUUCUAAAUCAUUCUUAACAUUGCAGUAUGAUUCCUUUCUAAGGGAUUUUUUAAAACAACUACUUGUCCACUUUUUCCCCCCGCAUAAUGAAAACAGAUUAUGGACACGUCCACUAUUUCAUCCAUGUUCAUCUUGUAAAUACCCAUUUUCAUUUAAUGUUAUUUGUUUAUAUUUUAACCCUUUUAUCGGCAUCUUAUUAUCAUACAAGUUAUUUAUUAAAUAUGUCUAGUUACGCAUUUUGUCAUAAGUUAUAUAUUUUGAUCUGACUUAAUCCACCAACUGUGAAAAGGAGACACUAUUUUUGUGUAUGAAAAUAAGAUACUCUGUAAAAUGUUAAUGUUGUUUUAAUUGUAUGAAAGUGCUCAAAGCGAAUGUCUGUACAUAUCUGUAUAUGUAAAGUAGAAGUCCAUGUCUGAAAUGUUCUGUAAAAUAAAUUAGUUUUACAGUGA